UCUUUUCCACACUACACUUCCCCAUAUAUUUUUUAAACUCUAAAUCAAAAUAUUAAAAAAAAAAAAAUUGCAUUUAGGCUUACACUACUACUAAUCAUAUGAUUUGAACAUAACACGUUCCCUAAUUAUAGUGCAUUAAUUGGAGGGGAAUUAAAACAGUUACGAGUAGAUCGAGUUUACUAGUUUAGAUUAGAAACACAGGCUCUCUCUAACCUCAACAUCGGGAAAGUGUUUUUUUUUUCUUUCUUCUAAAUGGGUUCCAAAGAUUCUUCAGAUAAGGAGAUGAAAUGGAAUAUAAUCUUCAACAGUUUGGUCGAGAUCCUUCGGAAAAACGAAGAAAAGCUUCGAGCUCAGGUUAAGCGUCAGGUCUCUGAUGCUCAGAGUUAUAAUGAUAAACUCUCUCUGAUGAAAAAGGAAAUUGAAGACAUGAACAUGAUGCGGCGGGUUGAGAUCGCUAAUUACGAUAUAUUCAAGGAAAGAGAUCGUUUGUCUUGCGAAUCGCAAUUAGAACAUGCUCAGAAAGAGUUGGAUUACUUGAGAGCUUGGUUUGAUUUCCUCAUUCUGAGUACACAUGAAACUAGUGAUUCUGGUGGAGAUGCGGAUUGUAAAUUAUUGGAAGACAAACUCAAGAAACUGAAGCUUGAAUUUGAAGGGGGAUGUGAGGUACCUACACUAGUACAAUAAUCCGGGUUUGCUUGGAGUCAAUUCAAGUGCAUCGAAAGCGGAUUCACUGAUAAGUUAAUGAGGAGAGACGAGGAGAUCAAACAAGCUACUAAGAACAUAUUAAGUCUUGUAACUAUGCAGGAGCAGCUUCAAUCAUCUAAUCAUGAGAAAGAUAGGAUCAUUUCAGGAUUGAUGGCUAAAGUAGCUGAAUUGGAAGACAAGGUUAGUAAGAAGGAGGAAAGGCCCGUAGUAAAGACGCCAUUAAGGAGGUCUCCUAGGCUCAACAGCCCUCGUAAACAAUAGCAACUAUGUAGAGACUAAGAAAGAGCCCUCUACAUAGUUGCUAUUGUUUACAAGUUAAGAUCGGGUGGGUUGCAGUUGCAACUAUGGGGAAACAAGGUUUGGAGGUCUGGUUUGCCACACACUAAGGAAGUACUCUCUUUGAUUUUUUUUAUCAAAUGUUUUAACAAGGUUUUAAAGCUAAAGAAGCACUUGAUGUAAAAACCUUUUUCGAAUAAAUUUUACAUUUUAUUCAAAAAAAGAAAGGAAAAAAUAAAAAGAAAGAGCUGUGUUCUGUUGUAGAAUGUAGUAAUAGUGCAGUUAAGUGGACAUG